CUUAAGGCGCGCCUAAGCGCAAAAGCGAGGCGCAACACAACUUUGGCGCUCCACCUGACCUGAAGCGAGGCGCGUGUGGUCAGAGAGCCUUUAAUUUUUAUUUUUAUUUUAAAUUACAGUAGGUGUCUGUCACAGUUCCCUGAGGGAGUAAAUUAGAGUUUCCAAAAAAAAAAAAUAGAAAGAGAUGGAAUAUUAUAAGAAGGCAGAGAAGUUUGAAGCUCAACAGAAUAAGACAAGAUCAGCUUUUGGACAACUGAAACGGCAAGCCUUCAUCACAGAAUUAGAAUGGCAGAGGACUUGUCUAAAGGCAAUCGAAGGGAUCCUGGCUGGAAAUAUAAUCAUUUGCAGAAUCCUAAUGACACUACAAGAGUCACAUGCAAUUUUUGUGGAAAAACAACCAGGGGUGGAAUUAAUAGGGCAAAACAACAUUUGAUUGGGAACUUUAGGAAUGCAGCAAAGUGUUUAAAUUGCCCACAAGAGGUUAGAGAUGAAUUGAGAAAUUACAUGGAGGAGAAAAAAUUAAGAAAGGAAGUCUAUACUAAUGAAUUUUCUGGAUUUGAUGAGUUUGAUUAUCAAGACGAUGUCGGUGGAGAAGAUGAAGUCCAAGAGACCAUUCAUAAGAAAAGAGGUGGAGAAAGCUUUCCUAGUAGCACUAGUAAGAAAUUGGCCAAAGGAAAGGGACCCAUGGAUGUGUUUCUACAAAGGCAAGGAACACUUAGGCAAGCAAAUAUCAAAGAUUCAUGUGAUAAAGAAGCAAGAGCAAUGACAAUUCAAAAAGUUGCUCGCUUCUUUUACGAUAAUGGGAUCCCAUUCAAUGUUGCUCGCUCAAAAGUUUUAAGGAAGCAAUUGAGGUCAGUAGGAAGGUAUGGUCCAAACUUGAAGCCUCCAAUGUUCAUGGAGUCGAUAGAUGCUUCCUCAUUUGUUAAGACUGGAGAGAAGUUAUGUGAAUUGCUUGAUAGAUACGUGGAGCGCGUUGGAGAGCAGAAUGUGGUUCAGGUUAUAAGUGAUAAUGGCAGCAACUUUGUGUUGGCUGGUCAGCUCUUACAGAGAAAAAGAAGACACAUAUAUUGGACUCCGUGUGCAGCCCAUUGUAUAGAUCUUAUGUUAGAAGACAUCGGGAAGAUUCCAAACAUUAAGAAGACCCUUCAAAGAGCAAUCGCCCUUGUCGGUUUCAUUUAUGGGCACUCAGGAGUCUUAAAUAUGAUGAGAGAUUCCACAAAAAAUAAAGAGUUGGUGAAAUGUGGGAUUACUCGAUUUGCAACAAGUUUUCUGACUUUGCAACGGUCGCAUUGUCAAAAAACUAAUUUGCGAGCAAUGUUUACAUCUGACAAAUGGAUGAUUAGUAGAUGGUCUAAGUUACCAAAGGAAAAUCUGUAG